CCAAUUUACAAAAACCAACAGACAGAAUGAAAGUCCUGUGGAUCUUUGCCUUCCUCGGAGCAGCAUUUGCUGCCCCCUUUGAGGAGGAUGAUGACAAGAUUGUUGGAGGAUAUACCUGCCAGAGAAAUGCUGUCCCUUAUCAGGUUUCACUGAAUUCUGGUUAUCAUUUCUGUGGCGGUUCCCUCAUCAAUCAACAAUGGGUCAUUUCAGCUGCCCAUUGUUACAAAUCCCGCAUGACUGUGAUGCUUGGAGAACACGAUAUUAUCCAAGAUGAAGGGAGCGAGCAGAUUAAAAAACCUGAAAAAAUAAUUGUCCAUCCAGACUACAACUCUUGGCUCUUGGACAAUGAUAUCAUGCUCAUCAAGUUGGAAUCCCCUGUCACUAUUGGUGCAAGUGUUUCACCUAUCCCUUUGAGUAAUGGAUGUCCAGCUGUUGGUACUAAUUGUUUGAUCUCAGGAUGGGGCAACACUCUCAGCAAUGGUGUAAACUACCCUGAUCUUCUGCAGUGCCUGAAUGCUCCAAUCCUAAGUGAUGAGGAAUGCAAUGCUGCUUACCCAGGACAAAUUACCCCAAAUAUGGUCUGUGUUGGAUACCUAGAGGGUGGCAAAGACUCUUGUCAGGGAGAUUCUGGUGGCCCUGUGGUUUGUAAUGGAAAGCUCCAGGGCAUUGUCUCCUGGGGAAUAGGUUGUGCUCUGCCUGGCUAUCCUGGAGUCUACACCAAAGUUUGCCGGUACAUCAACUGGAUUGAUAACAUCAUAGCUGCCAACUGAAACAGAUACUUUCCUCUUAAUGUGAUUUAUCUU